AUGACGCUCGCCCGCUUCGUCGUGGCUCUGAUUUUAGGGGCGUUCCCCGAAGUGCUCAGCAAUGAUCCGGUCCUCAGUUAUCCCCUUCACCACCGCCAACGCCAUUCGCUCCCUCCGGGUCCCCAGUACCCUUAUUACCUUCCCAUCCAGUCUCGGCAGCAGAGGACGCCUCCGUCACCUUCUGUCCCGCGCUCCCGGAUCGCCCCGCGGGCGCUCCCUGCCCAGCGCCUGCACGCCCUCCAGGCUGGGCACACCCCCCGGCCGCACCCCGGGGGCUGCCCCGCCGGCGAGCCGUGGGUCAACGUGACGGACUUCGGCGCCCCAUGUCUGCGCUGGGCAGAAGUGCCACCCUUCCUGGAGCGGUCGCCCCCGGCGGGCUGGGCUCAGCUGCGAGGGCAGCGCCACAACUUUUGCCGACGCCCCGACGGCGCUGGCAGACCCUGGUGCUUCUAUGGGAACGCCCACGGCAGAGUGGACUGGGGCUACUGCGACUGCAGACAUGGGUCCAUACGACUUCGUGGUGGCAAAAAUGAGUUUGAAGGCACAGUGGAAGUGUAUGCAAGUAGAGGCUGGGGCACAGUCUGUAGCAGCCACUGGGAUGAUUCUGAUGCUUCAGUCAUUUGUCGCCAGCUGCAGCUGGGAGGAAAAGGAACAGCAAAACAAACUCCGUUUUCUGGAUUGGGCCUUAUUCCCAUUUAUUGGAGCAAUGUCCGUUGCCAAGGAGAUGAAGAAAAUAUACUGCUUUGUGAAAAAGACAUCUGGCAGGGUGGAGCGUGUCCUCAGAAGAUGGUAGCUGCUGUCACAUGUAGCUUUUCGCACGGCCCAGCGUUCCCUGUCAUUCGCCUUGCUGGUGGGAGCAGUGCACAUGAAGGUCGAGUGGAGCUCUAUCAUGCUGGCCAGUGGGGGACCAUCUGUGAUGACCAAUGGGAUGAUGCAGAUGCAGAAGUGAUCUGCAGGCAGCUGGGCCUCAGUGGCAUUGCUAAAGCAUGGAGUCAGGCAUAUUUUGGGGAAGGAUCUGGCCCAGUAAUGUUGGAUGAAGUACGCUGCACUGGGAAUGAACUUUCCAUUGAACAGUGUCCAAAGAGUUCCUGGGGAGAGCAUAACUGUGGUCAUAAAGAAGAUGCUGGAGUGUCCUGUACCCCUCUGACAGAUGGGGUCAUCAGACUUGCAGGUGGAAAAGGCAGCCAUGAGGGUCGUUUGGAGGUGUUUUACAGAGGACAGUGGGGGACUGUCUGUGAUGAUGGCUGGACUGAGCUGAAUACAUAUGUGGUUUGUCGACAGCUGGGAUUUAAAUAUGGCAAACAAGCCUCUGCAAGCCAUUUUGAAGAAAUCAUGGGGCCCAUAUGGUUGGACGAGGUCAGCUGCUCAGGAAAGGAGACGAGUUUCCUUCAGUGCUCCAGGAGGCAGUGGGGAAGGCAUGACUGCAGCCAUCGGGAAGAUGUUAGUAUCGCCUGCUACCCUGGCAACGAUGGACACAGGCUUUCUCUGGGUUUUCCUAUCAGACUGAUGGAUGGAGAAAAUAAGAAAGAAGGACGAGUGGAGGUUUUCAUAAAUGGCCAGUGGGGAACAAUUUGUGAUGAUGGAUGGACUGAUAGAGACGCAGCUGUGAUCUGUCGACAGCUUGGCUAUAAGGGUCCUGCCAGAGCAAGAACCAUGGCUUAUUUUGGGGAAGGAAAAGGACCUAUUCACGUGGAUAAUGUGAAGUGCACAGGAAACGAGAGGUCCCUGGCCGACUGUAUCAAACAAGAUAUUGGAAGACACAAUUGCCGCCACAGUGAAGAUGCAGGAGUUAUUUGUGAUUAUUUUGGCAAGAAAGCAUCAGGUAACAGUAACAAAGAGUCCCUCUCAUCUGUUUGUGGUUUGAGAUUACUGCACCGUCGGCAGAAGCGCAUCAUUGGUGGGAAAAAUUCUUUAAGGGGUGGUUGGCCUUGGCAGGUUUCCCUCCGGCUGAAGUCAUCCCAUGGGGAUGGCAGGCUCCUCUGUGGGGCUACGCUCCUGAGUAGCUGCUGGAUCCUUACGGCAGCACACUGUUUCAAGAGGUAUGGUAACAGCACUAGGAACUAUGCUGUUCGGGUUGGGGAUUACCAUACUCUGGUACCAGAAGAGUUUGAAGAAGAAAUUGGAGUUCAGCAGAUUGUGAUUCACCGCGAGUAUCGACCAGACAGCAGUGACUACGACAUUGCCCUGGUUAGAUUACAAGGACCAGAAGAGCAAUGUGCCCGAUUCAGUAGCCACGUUUUGCCAGCUUGUUUACCACUCUGGAGAGAGAGGCCACAGAAAACGGCCUCCCACUGUUACAUAACAGGAUGGGGAGACACAGGACGAGCCUAUUCAAGAACAUUACAACAAGCAGCCAUACCCUUACUUCCUAAGAGGUUUUGUGAAGAACGUUAUAAAGGUCGGUUUACAGGGAGGAUGAUCUGUGCUGGAAACCUCCAUGAACACAAACGCGUGGACAGCUGCCAGGGAGACAGUGGAGGACCACUCAUGUGCGAACGGCCUGGAGAGAGCUGGGUUGUGUUUGGGGUGACCUCCUGGGGUUAUGGCUGUGGAGCCAAGGAUUCUCCUGGUGUUUAUACCAAAGUCUCAGCCUUUGUACCUUGGAUAAAAGGUGUAACCAAACUGUAA